CAAACGUUUUUCGUUCCAAAUCAAAAUCGGUCUUUCACUAGAUACUUUUGCGGUAGCGCGUAAAUCAGAACGUUGUGUCGCAAUUUCCGUUAUUUUUUCAUGCGGGCACCGAGCUAGACAAAACAGCAAAAACAACAACUUUAAAACGCAGUUUUGAAACACCUCCUUGAGCGUGUUGUGUGUGCGAGAUUGUGUGUGUAACUGAGAAGCGAGCAGGGCUCUUCUCCGGCAAAGGUGAAAACGUCGCACAGACCAACACAUAGCGAGGACAUUACCAGACAUCAUCGUUUUCUUGUUGCAUCCAUUGUCCUUGUUCGUCCUUGCCAUCAAUCAGAGCUAGGCUAAGCUACUCAUCCAGCUCGGUAAAAAUCGGAGGAUUUUAUCAUCCAAAAAGGAGUAUAUCAUCUCCAGAGAUCUCAAAAGCUAUAUAUAGCAAUCGGACAAAGAGAAAACCAGCAUCAAGAUGUUCAUCGAAGAUGAUGCGCAAAUGGAUAGCUUCUGGGUGCAGAGCGCAAUUGGCGCGAUCAAGGCGAUUGCCUUCAUGUACGACAUCAUCACGCUGCCGGUCUAUUUGGUAUUCCAAAAGCCCUGGAAACGCCGGCAGGACUCGCGCCGGGUGAAGGCAAAGAUCAUAACGAACGAUGACAAUGAGCUGACCUACCGGACUACGGAUCCACCGCGUGAUGUCCACGUGAAGAUGCUGCAGGAGAACAUUGAUACGCUGGAAAAGGUCUUUAACUAUGUGGCCAAGACGUACACGUCGAAGCGAUGCCUGGGCACUCGUCAAAUCCUCAGCGAGGAGGACGAGGUGCAGCAGAAUGGACGCGUUUUCAAGAAGUACAAUCUGGGCGACUACAAGUGGAAGACGUUCACCGAAGCAGAACGUACGGCAGCCAAUUUUGGACGCGGUCUUCGCGAACUGGGCCAGAAGCCACGCGAGAACAUUGUCAUCUUUGCCGAGACGCGUGCCGAAUGGAUGAUCGCUGCCCAUGGUUGCUUCAAGCAGGCAAUGCCCAUUGUGACCGUCUAUGCCACCCUGGGUGAUGAUGGCGUGGCCCACUGCAUCACCGAAACGGAAGUCACCACGGUAAUCACGUCGCAUGAUCUGCUGCCCAAGUUCAAGACCCUGUUGGACAAAUGCCCGUUGGUGAAGAACAUCAUCUACAUUGAGGAUCAGCUGCACAAGACGGAAACCACUGGCUUUAAGGCAGGCGUCAAGAUCGUGCCCUUUAACCAGGUGAUCAAGAACGGCCAGGACAGCAAACACGAGAACGUACCACCCAAGGGCGAUGAUAUUGCGAUUAUUAUGUAUACUUCCGGUUCUACGGGCACACCCAAGGGUGUCCUGCUUUCUCACAAGAACUGCAUUGCCACAAUGAAGGGCUUCUGCGACAUGGUGCCCAUUUAUCCCGACGAUGUGCUCAUUGGAUUUCUGCCCCUGGCCCACGUUUUCGAAUUGGUUGCGGAGAGUGUUUGCCUGAUGACCGGCGUGCCCAUUGGCUAUUCGACCCCAUUGACCCUGAUUGAUACCAGCAGCAAGAUCAAGCGAGGUUGCAGUGGUGAUGCCACCGUGCUGAAGCCCACCUGCAUGACCUCGGUACCGCUGAUACUCGACCGCAUCUCCAAGGGAAUCAAUGACAAGGUUAACUCAGGCUCGGCAUUUAGGAAGGCGCUCUUCAAAUUCCUCUACCAAUACAAAGUCCAGUGGGUGCAGCGUGGCUACAAGACGCCUCUGAUUGACAAAUUGGUCUUCAAGAAGGUGGCCAAGUUGAUGGGUGGUAAGGUGCGAAUUAUUAUGUCCGGUGGAGCGCCGUUGUCCGCGGACACACAUGAGCAGAUCAAGACAUGUCUGUGCCUGGAACUCAUUCAGGGUUAUGGUCUCACGGAAACCACGUCAGGAGCCACCGUCAUGGACUAUCGCGAUAUGACCUAUGGACGCACUGGCGGUCCUCUAACCGUUUGCGAUAUUCGCUUGGUCAACUGGGAGGAGGGCAACUAUCGUGUCACCAACAAGCCGCAUCCCCAGGGUGAGGUGCUCAUUGGCGGCGAGUGCGUGUCGCAGGGCUACUACAAGCUGCCCGGCAAGACCAACGAGGACUUCUUCGAGGAGGGCGGACGACGAUGGUUCAAAACCGGCGAUAUUGGUGAAGUUCAAGCCGAUGGCGUACUUAAGAUUAUUGAUCGUAAGAAGGAUCUGGUUAAGCUGCAGGCCGGCGAAUACGUCUCUCUGGGCAAGGUUGAGUCGGAGCUGAAGACAUGUGGCAUUAUUGAGAAUAUUUGCGUAUACGGUGAUCCCACAAAGCAGUACACUGUGGCGCUGGUGGUGCCCAACCAGAAGCAUCUCGAGGAGCUGGCCGAGAAGCAUGGAAUGGCGGAUAAGACCUACGAGGAGCUGUGCUCAUCGCCCGUCAUCGAGAAGGCUAUCCUUAAGGAAAUUGCAGAGCAUGCGAGGAAAUGCAAGUUGCAAAAGUACGAAGUGCCGGCCGCCAUUACGCUAUGCAAAGAGGUCUGGUCGCCGGACAUGGGACUGGUUACGGCUGCCUUUAAGUUGAAGCGAAAGGAUAUUCAGGACAAAUAUCAGCAUGAUAUUAAUCGCAUGUACGCCUCAUGAAAGUCAAUGUACUAAGCCACAGAGACGUAGCAGAUGAAGUAACGACAACAACUACAACUACAACCACAACAACAACAACAAGGAUACAGCUAAAACAGCGAUAAUAAAGCUGUGUGCGCACUUAUGGCACAUGUCCGCGUCCAAAACCAAACUCGCCAGACUCUUAAACUCGAUCUGAAUGCCAAGCCACGUGCAGGUGACGGAAUCUUCCCACAUUUACCGAAUUGGUUUUGUCUGUGUCCACUUUUAGAAAAUCCUCGUUUAUCUCGUCAUCCCAAUAAAUGAAAUUUGUUGACGUUUAGUUGGUGAGACGAUAGUCUGAGGCUGGGUUUUGGUUUUUGGAUAUCAUGACUGUGCUGUGCAUGUGCUUGGAACGACGAUGAAUGAUGCUGUUGAACAGAUUGACAAGGAUAAUGAUAAGGAUUAUAAUAAUAAUAAUAUUAAUAAUAAUAACUGAGUGCCGAUCACAUCAGAAUGAAUACUUGUAUAAUGUACAGUUUUUUUUCGGUUUUUAGUACAUUUUCUUUUGUGGCAAAUUAAUAUUGCAUAAACAAUACUUAUUUUUAUAGUAUGCUUAAGUGGUUGCCUAUUAAUUAUGUACAUACGAUAUAUAUAUAUAUAUAUAUAUAUACACAAAAAAAAAAAAACACAUUUAUGCAUAUAUGUGUAUAUUAAAGCUAAUGUCUAGUGUACUUCUCUAUGCUAAGUUUAAUGUAUGAAAUGAUCCUUGAAGUAAUUGAAUGAAGAAAGCGACUUGAUUAUGAAUUAAAAGCAAGAAAAGAAGAACAGAAAACGGAA